GCUUUUUGGCUUGAUUAUUUUUAGUUUAGUGCGUAAGAGUAAUGGUGCAUCACGUAUUGUUCGGGUUCUAGUGGAGAAAGUCGAUUAUUUAACAUGCAUCGCUAUUUAAAAGCGUUGUUUUGUGCCUUAUUAGUAUUAUCUAUCGUCGAUCCAAUAAAGACUGAACGACCGUUCAGUAGUGGUAGACAUUCGUAUCCGACGGCUGGGGGAGAACUUUCGUCCGGCGGGCACGUUUAUCCUUCAUCAGGAAGCAGUCACGGUUACCCGUCGUCCGGUGGCCUGACCGAGCAAGGGUCUCCGCCUUCCAGUGACAAUCAUAACUAUCCAUCAUCAGGAGGCAGUCACGGGUAUCCUUCAUCAGGAGGCAGCCACGGUUACCCGUCGUCCGGUGGCCCGUCCGAGCAAGGGUCUCCGCCUUCCAGUGGCAGUCAUACCUAUCCAUCAUCAGGAGGCAGUCACGGGUAUCCUUCAUCAGGAGGCAGCCACGAUUACCCGUCGUCCGGUGGCCUGACCGAGCAAGGGUCUCCGCCUUCCAGUGGCAGUCAUACCUAUCCAUCAUCAGGAGGCAGUCACGGGUAUCCUUCAUCAGGAGGCAGCCACGAUUACCCGUCGUCCGGUGGCCUGACCGAGCAAGGGUCUCCGCCUUCCAGUGACAAUCAAAGCUAUCCAUCAUCAGGAGGCAGUCACGGGUAUCCUUCAUCAGGAGGCAGUCACGGCUAUCCGUCGUCCGAUGGCCUGACCGAGCAAGGUUCUCCGCCUUCCAGUGACAAUCAUAGCUAUCCAUCAUCAGGAGGCAGUCACGGGUAUCCUUCAUCACGAGGCAGGCACCGUUACCCGUCGUCCAGUUUCCUGUCCGAGUACGGGUCUUCCAGAGGCAGUCAUAGCUAUCCAUCAUCAGGAGGCAGUCGCGUGUCUCCUUCAUCAGGAGGCAGCCACGAUUACCCGUCGUCCGGUGGCUUGUCCGAGCAAGGGUCUCCGCCUUCCAGUGGCAAUCAUAGCUAUCCAUCAUCAGGAGGCAGUCACGGGUAUCCUUCAUCAGGAGGCAGUCUCGGCUACCCGUCGUCAGGUGGCCUGUCCGAGCAAGGGUCUCCGCCUUCCAGUGGCAAUCAUAGCUAUCCAUCAUCAGGAGGCAGUCACGGGUAUCCUUCAUCACGAGGCAGGCACCGUUACCCGUCGUCUAGUUUCCUGUUCGAGCACAGGUAUCCGUCUUCCAGUGGCAGUCAUAGCUAUUCAUCAUCAGGAGGCAGUCACGGGUAUAAUUCAUCAGGUAGCAGCCACGGUUACCCGGCGUCCGGUGGCCUGUCCGAGCAAGGGUCUCCGCCUUCCAGUGGCAAUCAUAGCUAUCCAUCAUCAGGAGGCAGUCACGGUUACCCGUCGUCCAGUGGCCUGUCCGAGCAAGGGUCUCCGCCUUCCAGUGGCAAUCAUAGCUAUCCAUCAUCAGGAGGCAGUCACGGGUAUCCUUCAUCACGAGGCAGGCACCGUUACCCGUCGUCCGGUGGCCUGUCCGGGCACGGGUCUCGGCCUUCCAGUGGCAGUCAUAGCUAUCCAUCAGCUGGAGGGUAUUCUUCAGCAGGAGGCAGUUAUAGGUAUCCCUCAUCUGCAGGCAGUCAUUACCAUUACAGUCCGCCGCAACAAAUCAGGUAUACUCCUAUGCAUGGUGGCCCUGCUGUAAACUACCCUGUGUACCGUGGCAGCCCUCCUACUUACGUGUACCAGUACAAAGAUUCUGGUAGUAAAUACGGAACAUUGUUAGCUGGUCUAGCUUUACUUAACCUGGGUACACUCGGCGUGGCCACCUACGCUGCAGCUCAUUCAGGCUUAGGAUUAGGAGAGACAUACAAAGCUGGACCUGGUGAGGUGUGCAAAUUUGGCCUGAGAAAAGACAACGGGGACUAUGAGGAAACUAGAAUAGACUGCAAUUUGAUAUCUAGCUUCAUAUAUGAGGAGGAGGCGAAACAAAGGAGCGCCGGCACCACCUCUACAGUAGUAACCACAACUGUGCCUAAUGUUACAACAAUUAAUGCAACUGGUUCUGAUCACCCUCCGCCUCAGGCUUCGAACACCCUGUAUCAAAUGUUACCAAAUGGUACUCUGAUAGCUGUGAAUGUAACCUGUGAAUGUAACAGUAACAUCACCGAUAAAAAUGCUCCAGCCUCGCCAGGCACUAUGACGUCAUCAGUAACAGUAACUAGAACAAACACAACAACUACUAAUGCACUUGACGUCAAAGGAAAGCCAGUUGAAGUGACACCAGGCAUGCAGUGUUAUUUAAUAAGGAACAGUCCGACUAGUAAUAUGAAAAGAUCUGUGCCCUGCGGCCUUUUACAGAUGUAUGCAACGACGACGUUGUUGCCGAUUUCAUCAACUGACAGUAAUUCAAUUAUUAACUAAUUAACUUGUGUUUACCUCAAUUUUUGGAUCUUAUUUUUAUUAUAACGUUUUGAUUUUUGUUUUAAACACUUACGUGCCAAUUGUAACUUAUUGUUGUAUGCCUGAAAUAAUCAUCUUUUUAAAAUUUUAUAAUAUAAAAAUAUGUCAUAUUGUAUAUCAUUUUCUUUGGAAUGAAGAAUGGACUAAUCUGUUUUUGUACUAAUAUUAAAAUGGUUUUUUUAAACAGAUUUAUUGUUAAAGUAAGCAGAAGUUAACACAUGACUUUAUAUUGUCUCAAGCUUUGAGUAAAUGUAAUAUUUUAUUUUGCAGUAUUUGGCUAUUUUAAUAAAUUUUGUUAAUAAUAAA